AAGGCCAGCUCAAACACGAUCCGAUCUGCACUGAUUCACAGUGCCAACCCCUUAAUAAUCCAGCGUCUCGGGCUCUCUAGCUCCCUUAUAAUAUCCAAAGAGACAGAUCAUCUUCUCAAAACAGUUCUGUGACACCCUAUCCUGGUCAUGGAGUAUCACUUUGUUCCGCCUGAGGAGCGCGCGCGGGACGAGAAGGGAAACAUUCUGCCCUGGGGUUAUGUUUACAAAGACGAAUCCCGCAACCCCCGACGACCACCCGAGGAAACCGGACCGUUUGGACGAAGGAGAAAUGCCCGCUACGAAACCGCACGAUCACGGACACGUACCGGGACACCAGCGAAGAAAGAGAACGUCAACGUUGCCGAGUUUGGACGACUGUUCGCACAACAGCAGGAUGAAGAAAAGACUCACCAUACUUUGCCGAAGUCUUCAUCUGCAUCGAAUCUCGACAAUAAGACGGAAAAAGUCGCGACGGAAUGCAUACUCUACGGAUACAAGAGCAAGGAUUCGGAGUGGAAGGUGAUUGAUAAAUACGAGAGGAUUUCGCGAGGCUUGAUUUGCGAGGAUUACCCGCGCAGCGAUCCCAACUCUUUUGGAUACUCCCAGAUGUUGAGUGGUGGUGAUGUGGUUAUUCGUGCGAAUUUGUCCGCCGAUGCGAAUCGCAAGUCGAAGCGGUAUGCAGGUGGUUUCCAUUGGAUUAAGAUCACGUUCGAUUCUACCAACGCCGCGGACCGUGCUUGCUUCUUCUCGCCACAGGAGAUUGACGGCCAUCUUGUUCACUGUGAAUUGUACCAUGGGUCAGGACCGGCAGAGGACAUUCCUAUUUCCAAGGAGUCUGCAGCGGCAAGCCGUAAAGCUCCACGAACCUUGACCACUUCUCAUUCGACGACCUUCCUACAGAACCAGGCCAACGAACGACAUACCUUGCCGCGGUCUUUCGCAGUGAACAGUCUUUCCAACGUUAUCGACAAUGAAGACGACGAGUCGCAAAUUUCUUCGACCAAUACCGCAAGCUCAGCCACGGCAACCGGUUUUGAGCAACCUGCUACCCCUACUCUCCACCAACGACAACAACCUCAACCUCAACCUCAACCGCAACCCCAGCCUCAGCCUCAGCCUCAGCCUCAACCCCAAGAACCCAAACCAGAAUCCGAGUUUAUGACACAUAUCCCGACAGUGCGUCGGACGAAACUUCGACCGUUGACUGAAGCCCUUCCUCCUCAGCCGACGGUUACCGAGCGUGUCGUCCGGUCGAUCCCGAUCCUCAGUUGGUUCACAGGCGAUAUCGUUGGCGACGGGCCUUUGCUUCGCGAAGACGGCACAUUCGAUUACGACAACUCCAACGUGUACUGGCGCUUCUGGUACACGGUUGACUUACUUGUUGGUACGGACAUGUGUGGACUGAAAGAGGAAUCGUGAGACUAGCUUAUAUAUCGCAUUGAAGCAAGAGAAGAACAGAAAUGCUAGGCUCUUUGGUUCAUUAUUUUCGAGAACAGCAGAUACCCGUGGACUAUGUAUGAUAACAUCAUUUUUUCAUUUUAUGCCGACUUCUUCAGUGUUGGAUUUCUUUCUUUUUGAAGUUGCGAAGCGGGUCUUUACUAUUUAAUUGCAUGCAUAAUAGGUUGUCUAGGGAUUCGAAUUAUAUUUGCAUUGGCGUUAGCUGCUACUGCAUGGGCUCAGUUCCAUUCAUUGCUCCAUA